AUGAAACUUCUAUAUUUUAUAAUAGGCUGUGUCGCGUUGUAUAAGUGUGUGGCUCAAUUGCAAACCCGUGUCUGUGGACCAAGUUUAUCGCAACUUUUGCAAACUGUCUGCGAAAAUGGCUUCAAUCCGAAAUUCGACAAAAAAUCCAAUGUGCCCCCUUAUCUCUUCAUUUCAAAACUGUCUAAGAGAAGUGGCAAAGAACCACUACAACCACUUUUUGCCGAUAUGCUAUUCAAUAAACGACCCAGUGCAGUUGCCAGUGCUCGUCAAGAACGUAUAUAUUCCGGUGUUUAUGAUGAAUGUUGUCGCAAAACGUGCAGCUUUAAUGAAAUUGUUGACUAUUGCUUAUAG